AUGGAAAAUCAUAUUAUUGACGCAAAAAGAAUUUUUAUUCUUCAAUUAUUCAACAGUCUAAAAAAAAGAAUUACUCAACUAAAUUUACAACCGGGUCAAACUAUUAAUAUCUAUCUUUGCGGUCCGACCGUUUACGACCAUAUUCAUAUUGGCAAUUUACGACCAGUCAUUAUUUUUGAUGUUUUACAUCGUUUAUUAUUAGAACUGAAUAUUAAAGUUAACUAUAUCCAAAAUAUUACUGAUAUUGAUGACAAAAUAAUUGCCAAAGCCGAAAAAGAAGAAAAGAGUGAAAAAGAAAUUAGUGAUUACUACACCCAGGCCUACUUGGCUAAUUUAAUUGAUUACAAUAUUUUAUCUCCUACUCAUUUGCCAUCAGUAACUAAUUACAUUCCUCAAAUUCAAACUUUUAUCGCCUCCUUAGUCAAAAACUACUCAGCCUAUCGGCAAGCCGGAGAAGUAUUUUUUCGGGUGGAGGAAAAUUCCGAGUAUGGCAAACUCUCCGGGCAAAAUCUCAGCAAAUUAAAGGAAGGAACGCGAGAAAUUAUUCAGGCCGAUAAGGAAAGUAGCCGUGACUUUGUGCUGUGA